AUGGCACCUAAAUCGUUGUUGUUUCUGGCAUCCUCUUUCAAGCUCCUCGCAAGCGCUCGCGAUGUUACUUUUCCACCAAUUUCUGGUUAUUCGUCGCAGCAGAUUAUCGCUCAUGGCAACCUUGAAAUGGACAUCACCCAAGGAAAGUUUGCAGGGUUGAUGACAUACGCCAAUCUGCCAUAUGUGCACUGUUUAGCACCAGAAGGCCAAGAUGUGGAGCCAUUCGACAUCGCAAUUCUUGGUGCGCCGUUUGACACUGGAGUCACGGCACGGCCUGGAGCGCGCUUCGGUCCGGGUGGCAUUCGGCAGGGCUCAAGCCGGAUAUCGCCAGACGCUGCUUGGUCAAUAUACACAGGCGAAAACGUCUUCGUGGAUUGGGCAAAAGUUAUCGACUGCGGCGAUGCUCCCUUAACGUUUUUGGAUAACACUGCGGCCUUGAAGCAGCUUGAUAAGACGCACAAGAUCGUGUCCUCAAGAGCGACCAACUCAAGCGAGCGCACGACACCAAAGAUUGUGACGCUAGGUGGCGAUCAUACUACAACGUUAUCGGCCCUUCGAUCGACUCAUCGUCACUGGGGGCCAGUGAGCGUAAUACACUUUGACAGUCACAUCGACACAUGGGACCCAGAGGUACUAGGCGGAGGUAUCUCCCAUUAUGCUGGUGUCAACCAUGGAACAUUCUUGCACAUCGCUCAUGAGGAAGGCUUGAUCCGAAAUACUAGUAUACACGCGGGCAUCCGAGCUCCUGUGAUGCGACCGAAAGGUGAUGUGCGGAACGACCUUCGAUGUGGUUUUGAGAUGGUCAAGGCUAGGGCAAUCGAUCGAUUGGGUGUAGCUGGUAUCAUCGACAAGCUGAAAUCUCGCGUCUCUGGAACGAAGGUCUACAUCAGCGUCGAUAUAGACGUACUCGAUCCGGCAUUCGCACCUGCUACGGGAACAGCCGAAGUCGGUGGAUGGAGCACACGAGAGCUUUUGUCCAUUUUAGAUGGUCUCGAAGGACUAGACGUCGUCGGGGCAGAUGUUGUGGAAGUGGCUCCCAUUUACGAUAACCCGGGCGAAACCACCGUAUUGGCCGCUGCAGAGGUCGUGCACUCUCUCAUUGCUUUGAUGGUGAAGUCACCAUCUUAG